AUGGCAUCCAACAGGUCGAAAAAGAUGAUAGAGCUUGUUCAGCUUCGAAAGCCGGCGCCACAACGGGCAACACAAGUUAGAGAACAUGAAUCGGUGCCAUCAACUGAAGUGAAGAUGUUAGCUGAUAUAACAAACAAGCCCGAAAAUCAGCGUUACUCAAACGUACAGCAAUAUUUUGAAAUUUCGGAAUCGGCUUCAGUCAGUAAUGAAAAUCAUCUUAAUAACAUCACAGUUGUUCAGGAUUGCACUGAUGGGAGACAUUCAAAAUCUGAAAAUAGCGAUGUCGAUUUAAGUGACGAAGAUCCAACAUACAAAGUUCCGUCUAAUAAGCAACGGCAAAUACCAGUAUAUCCAAGGCGAUCAAAAUCAUCUAAAAGUUCCUCAUCUUCUACGUCUUCUUCAUCCUCAUCAUCUUCAGGAUCUUCCAGUGAUAGUUCCGAAACAGACUCUAGUGAUGAACAGAACAAAACACAAGAUAACAUAGUUCAGGUAACCGCAGAAAAACAAUCCGAGCUAAUAAACAUUAAUGAACCUGCAACAACAGAAGUUUUGCUGAAUCGAGAAGUCGGAGAAAAUACUACACCACAAGAAGAAAAGAAGAAGGGAAGGAAACGUAAACGGAAUGAACAAAGCUGGAAACAGAAUGAAGCUAAAAGUCUGAGAAAUGCUGGAAAACCAUACAUUAGCAAGAAAAAUAAACAAAUCAAACCUCGUUCUGUUCAACCACCCUGUGGUGAUAAAUGUAGGCUCAAAUGCUGUAAAAAGAUAACUGUAGAUCAAAGACAAACAAUUUUUGAUGUGUAUUGGAAUCUCGGCCAAGUUGAUGCUCAAAGAUCAUUUAUUAUGUCGUGUAUGACAAAUAUAACUCCAAAAUAUAAAUAUACAAAUGCUCGUAAUCCAAGAAAUUGCAAUCAAGCAUUCCAUUUCUUAGUAGAAGGGCAAUCGGUACGAGUCUGUAAAACGUUUUUUAUGAAAACCUUAGAUGUUUCUGAUCGUGUUAUACGUACUGUCAAGAGUAAAAUAGAUGAACAUGGAAUUCUAGCACGAGAUCUGAGAGGACAGCACAACAACCAUGUAAGGGUUGAUGAACAGUUACUAAACGAUAUCAAACAGUUCCUAGAUACAAUACCAAGAAUUGAAUCCCAUUAUAUUAGGCAAUAUUCUACUCGUGAAUAUAUUGAUGGUGGGAAAACAAUUUCAGAUCUUUUCAGGGACUUUAAAGAAAAUCAAAUUAAAAAUAAUAAAGCAGCUGGUAGAUAUUGCACAUUUUAUAAAGUAUUUACACAAGAUUAUAAUAUUUCAUUUUUUCGUCCCAGAAAAGAUCAAUGUGAUUUAUGUUUGCAAUACAAGAACUCGACGCCUGAACAAAAAGUAUUACUCAAAGAAUCGUACGAUGCCCAUUUAGAAGAAAAAACAUUGAGCCGCCAAGAAAAACAGUAUGAUCGCUGCAAAAUAGAUGAUAACAAUAAAGUUCUUGUGUUUGAUCUGCAAGCUGUUCUGCAAUCUCCUAGAGGAGAUACCUCAGGAUUUUAUUACAAAUCAAAAUUGAAUAGUUACAAUUUCACAAUUACGAUGUUAAAUAAAAAAGUUGACGGCCAAAUUAAAGACUCGUAUGAUGAUGUACACUGCUUCUUCUGGAACGAAACCGAUGCUAAGCGCGGGGCCAAUGAAAUCGGAUCUUGUUUGCUAAAAGUUUUUGAGAAACUCUCAGCGAAGUCACCAAAUGACAAUGGGUGUAAUUUAAUUCUUUAUUCGGACAACUGUGCCGGUCAAAAUAAAAAUAAAUUUAUAGUAGCACUUUACCUGUAUGCAGUCACUCAUCUAAAUAUUAAAUCUAUAACUCAAAAAUACUUAAUAAAAGGUCAUACGCAAAACGAGGGUGAUGUAUAUUACAUAGCAUCAUAG